AUUCACCCUUUGGGGGCAUCAGAUUUCUCAUCGUUACCAUUUGAGUAUGCUCGUAAGCUAAAAUCUGCACCAUUACAGUAACGCCCUCACCAUUUACGUUAGUUGGUGCUACCUUUAAAACUAUGCGAGUAAAAUUCCGAUGAUGAGUGUGUAUACACUAUCUAGCGGUAAUGAGGUCAUGAAUGUGAGGUUCUCAAUGUCUGUGAAACUUCUACUUUAAUCAUCAACAUGUUUCCUUUUUUGCAAUGUCUGCUGUGGUUGUUUGCAAUCGAAAGACUCUGUAGUUGAAGUUUUGUAGACAUCGAAUGUGACACAAUCUCAAGACUACAGAAUCGAUAUUUCUCGAUUCGUCGAGUCAACAUGUUUACUUGUUUAGUGUUUGUUGCUGUCCCCACGUGUGAUGGUUGGUCUGUUCACUGUUUACAGUUCGGUGUAGGUUAGCCGAGUGUUGUCAUGGAUGCGGAGGACUUGUUCCGUAAACUUUCAAAUGGAGCGAAGUUUGAUCUAAAGAAAUUUCAAUACGAUGCACAGAAACUUCAGGUUAUAAAACCAAAGCGUGUUGUUGGCCCCUUCCCUAUACAGAUUAACUCACAAAAUGACGUUCAGCACAAGAAACUAGACUAUGAAGAGCUCACGCAACCACAAGAGAGUUUAUCAACUGAGCUGAAAUUGAUUGGUUCUAUAACAGCUGAUAGCAACAAGAAAAAGCAUCUGAGUAACAAGGACAUAAGAAAUAAAGAAGCCGCUCUUAAUCAGGAGAAGAUAAAUAGGUUCCGAAAUCAACAGAAAAUAUCAGUAAAAGGACAUGAUGUACCUCCACCAAUUGAAAAUUUUGAACAGUUGGUAACAGAAUAUGGAGUUGGACAAGAUAUUGUUGAUAAUAUUAAAAAUCUGGGCUACUCUGUCCCCACACCAAUCCAGAUGCAAGCAAUACCUGUAAUGCUGAAGAACCAGCAGAUUUUGGCUUGUGCACCAACAGGAUCUGGAAAAACUGCUGCUUUCCUUGUACCUCUCAUCCAUCACCUUAAAGGGCCAAGGCGGAAAGGUUUUCGUGCAGUUGUAGUCAGUCCAACGAGGGAACUAGCUAAACAGACUUACAGAGAAUGUUUGAAACUGUCUGAAGGGAGAAACCUAAGGAUCCACAUUAUCAGCAAAGCCAGUCUAGCUGUGAAGAAGUUCGGUCCAGAAUCUUCUAAGCGGUUUGAUAUACUUAUCACUACACCAAAUCGGCUAGUCUAUUUGCUGCAGCAAGAUCCUCCUGUUAUCUCACUUGCUAAUGUUAAAUGGUUGGUCAUUGAUGAAUCAGACAAGCUGUUUGAGGCCAGUGAAGAUGGCUUCCGCGACCAGCUAGCUGUUAUCUACCGAGCCUGUGAUUCAGAAAAUGUUCGGCGUGCACUUUUCUCUGCAACACACACCCCAGAUGUUGCUCGUUGGGCCCACAAGAAUCUGAAAGGACUUGUUUCUGUCACCAUUGGGCACAGAAACACGGCUGCAGAUAUUGUCGAGCAGCAGUUGUUGUUUGUGGGCACUGAGGCGGGGAAACUUGUUGCCUUCAGAGAUAUAGUAAGAAAGGGACUUACUCCACCCGUGCUGGUUUUUGUCCAAACAAAAGAAAGAGCCAAAGAAUUGUUUAAUGAAUUGCUUUAUGAUGGGAUCAAUGUUGAUGUUAUACAUGCAGACAGAACGCAGCUGCAGAGGGACAAUGUUGUACAAAGCUUCCGAAGAGGGGAUAUUUGGGUCCUUAUCUGCACAGAACUAAUGGGACGAGGUAUUGAUUUCAAAGGAGUAAACUUAGUCAUCAAUUAUGACUUUCCUCCUAGUGUCAUCUCCUACAUACAUCGGAUAGGUAGAACUGGGAGAGCUGGAAAUCCAGGGAAAGCAAUCACAUUUUUCACAGAAAGCGAUACAGUGAAUCUCCGAAGCAUUGCUCAAAUGGUCAAAGAUUCAGGGUGCGAGGUACCAGAAUACCUACUUAAACUUAAGAAAUCCAGUAAAAGGGAUCGGCGUAAACUUGAAAAGAAGGCCCCGCAACGAGAACGGAUAUCUACUGUUCCACUUUGUGAUAUUGAGAAGCAGAAAAAGUUGCAACAGAAGAUUCGGGCCAUAAAAAGAAAGAAAAAGGAAGGCAACAAAGAUAGACCACAAGCAUCUAAGCAGAAAAAGCAAAAACUUUAAUGUUUAUAAAUUUGUAAAUAGACAGCACGAAGUUAUUUGUUACAAUGUUGGUAAUAUCUGUUAACAAAUACAGUUUUGUGUUUGCUGUAAGAGCUUUUCUUUGCACCUUGGAUACUGAAAGGCAGAUGAUAUUUUAAAUAAUAAAUAUCUGUACACAGCAGACAAGUUCAGCUAUCAUUUUAGCGAAUGUACGUAUUGAAGCUCAGUUUCAUCAUCUGGGCUUCAGUUUUAUGUUCAGAUAACUGUAUUGUGGAUGAAACACUGAGAUUUAGGAAUAUGCACUGUAUUUGUUGAUCACAUGAUGAAUUGUAUACUACAUUUCACUAUACCUGUGUUCCACAUUUUAUUUCAAAUAAUUUCAAAUAACAAGGUAGUACAAUGUAACUACCAUGAAAAUAGUUUGCGGUUGAGAAAUUUCUGAAUACUCAGUGCUUUGACAAUGUAAUAAGAUUUGGAAGGUCCAUUAAUGGAAGUGUGAUCAGAAACGUGUAUUUACUGAAAGAAAAGCAGAGUUUAAACACA